AGGGUAAACACGACUGCACCACGCGCACCACUGCAAUAGAUUGGACAAUAAUGGGACCAGCUAAAUCUUCCAAGGCUGCCGCAGUGACAGGGAAAGAUAUUCGAUCUUUCUUCGGUGGUGCUGGAGGAGAGCCAGCGAAGUCGAAAUCCGACCGUAUGAUGCUCGAUAUCGACGACAGUCCACCGAAAAAGGCCAGUCUCAAGCGUAAAAAUAUCGUCGUCGUCUCUAGUGACGAAGAGGAUGAAUCGGCCACGCCGUCGCCGCCAAAGAAGAAAAUGGCCGUCGCUGCCAAAGCUGCACCGAAAGUAGUUGCCUCGACUUCGAGAUCUAAAGUCACUGAAUCGAAGGUAGUCGCAUCUGCGUCGACCUCAAAACUAACUGCACCAAAGGUGGUCGCGUCAGCAUCGACCUCGAAAGUGGCUGCAGCGACAAGCAAGGUUAAGCCUAGUAGAAAGGUGCCUGUGAAGUCGAAGAGAGCCAAGGACGAUGAAUUUGUGGUAGAUUCCGAGGAAGAAGCAGAGGAAACUGAGGACGAUUACGACGACGAGGAAGACGUCAAGCCUGAGAAGAAGGGCAAGGCUAAGCCUUCCCCAACGGCAAAACCGUCCCCCAAGAAAGCACCCCCGCAGAAAGCACCCGCGCCAAAAGCAGACAAGGGUAAAGCGAAAGAGGAGGAUGCGGCCCCAUCCACGAAACCCUUCAAUUGGGCUGCUGCAAAGGCCGCAAAAUUGGCUGGACCAUCCGCUCCUGGUUCGAAACAGGUCCCUCAGUCCAAGUCACCCGACUGUCUCGCCGGCCUGGCCUUUGUUUUCACUGGCGAACUCAGCAGCUUCGCCAGAGAUGAAGCAGUUGACUUGGCAAAGCGAUUUGGGGGGCGCGUUGUCGGACAACCUUCGUCAAAGACUUCAUUCGUCGUCCUCGGAGACAACGCCGGUCCUUCGAAGCUUGCUGCAAUCAAGAAGCACAACAUCAAGACGCUUUCCGAAGAUGAGUUCCUCAACCUCAUCGCCACUCGCGAGGGACCUGGCGGGCCAGGUGGUGCGGGAUUAGACGAUAAGACCAAGAAGAAGAUGGCAAAGGAGCAGGAAACGAUCAAACAGGCUGCGAAGGCACUCGAGCAAAGAGAGAAGCAAGCGUCGAAGGAAGCUGAUAAGUCCGGAAGUUCUAAAACUGACGUAUCAAGUCAACUGUGGACAACGAGAUACGCUCCUCAGUCGUUGAAGGAGAUUUGCGGCAACAAAGGCAAUGUGGAGAAAAUUCAACAAUGGCUUCAUGACUGGUCGGGUAGCCUGAAGUGUGGUUUUAAGAAGCCAGGGAAGAACGGGAUGAAUGUCUACCGUGCAGUGAUGAUCACUGGUCCCCCUGGUAUUGGCAAGACUACCAGUGCACACCUCUGCGCCAAGCUCGAAGGAUUCACCCCUAUAGAACUCAAUGCAAGCGAUGCGCGCAGUAAAAAGCUAGUCGAGAGUGGCAUGAAUAUUAGCAAUUUGUCGUUAGACGGCUGGAUGGGUGGAAAUGAUGCAACAAACGCAGCAGGAGUCAAAAUCACUGACAAGACCUGUCUCAUCAUGGACGAAGUUGAUGGCAUGUCCGCUGGCGACAGAGGAGGCGUUGGUGCUCUAAACGCUUUGAUCAAGAAGACGAAAAUCCCCAUUAUCUGUAUCGCUAACGAUAAAGGCGCUCAGAAGUUGAAGCCGCUUGCCGCAAAUACUUUCGGUAUAACAUUCAGACGGCCCGAGGCUCAAGCUGUGCGAUCGCGCAUAAUGACGAUCGCGUACAAGGAGAAGAUGAAGAUCCCCGCCAAUGUCGUCGACCAGCUUAUCGCUGGAUCUCAAUCAGACAUCCGCCAGGUUUUGAAUAUGCUAUCAACGUGGCGGCUAUCCAGUAGCAGCAUGGACUUUGAUGAGGCAAAGAAUCUUGCAAAAACCAACGAAAAGUACACCAUCUUGUCGCCAUUCGAUGUGACAUAUAAAAUCCUUGGUCCAUAUGCGUUCGGGCCGAGCGCUCGAGAGACCUUGGGCGACAAGAUGGAAUUAUACUUUCAUGACCAUUCCUUCGUCCCACUCUUCAUCCAGGAAAAUUAUCUCAAGACCCAGCCUGUCAAGGUUCGAGACCUCGAAGGUCCUCCAAAGAUGUUAAAGCAACUCGAGUUGAUGGAUCGAGCCGCGUCUUCUAUAUCUGACGCUGAUCUUGUCGACGCUCUGAUUCAUGGACCGGAACAACAUUGGUCGUUGAUGCCUUUGCAUGCGGUGUGUUCGAUGGUGCGACCCGCUUCAUUCCUGUUUGGUGCAGGCAGCGGAUACGGCGGCCAAAAUCCGAUGACAUUCCCUCAGUGGCUAGGGCAAAAUUCGAAGCAGAACAAACUUAGUCGACAACUGGGAGACGUUCAGGUCCGAAUGCGUCUUAAAGUCUCUGGCGACAAGCACGAGAUCCGACAGUCCUAUAUUCCUGCACUAUUCCCCCAUGUCGUCAAGCCACUGAUAGACCAGGGCGCGGCCGCUGUCGACGACGUCAUUGAGCGAAUGGACGAGUACUAUCUGUCCCGCGAGGAUUGGGAUACGGUAGUUGAACUCGGCGUGGACACGCACAAAGAUGAUAUAGUUACUAAGCUCGUCAAGCCUGCGACCAAGGCAUCAUUUACGAGAAAGUAUAACAGCAUGGAUCAUCCAAUACCAUUCCACAAAGCCACGGACCUCGGGAAAGCUCCCAAGAAACUCGCAGGAGGCCCAGCCCCCGAUCUAGAGGACGUUUUCGAUUUGGAUGACGAAGUCGUCGAUGUUUCCGACGAUGAAAAGAAGAAUGUAAGGGAUGAGGACGAGGUUGCUGCUGACAAGUUGUUCCAGGCUAGCAAGCCCAAGGCUCAGAGCCAGAAGGCUAAGACGACUACGAUCAAAGGAAAGAAGGCGCAGAAUUUUAUGUGAUUUAUUUUUUACCGUGGACGUUAUCGUAUCGACAUAGAAUCAUAAUAGAAUCUUUUCAUGGUGUCUGGCUU